UGCAAACUAAUUAGACAGCGCUUACGGGUGGCAGACGGCGCCGAGACGCUGUCAGAAAUUCCGUUAAAUAGUCUGGUUGCUGGUGCAGCGAUGCAAGGACCCAUCGACGCGGCUCUCGCGGCAGAGCUGACCGCCUUGUCUGUGAGCACGCAGGAGAGCCGUGCAAAUGCCGCGCAGCGAUCCGCGCGAGCGACCAGAACAAUACCGCUGCGACCCGAGAUCAUACAAUUCAUGUCGCCGCAGUCCUUGUGCCGCCUGACGUGCUGCAGCGCGACGCUCCGCAGAGACGUGCGCGAGGCAGACGCUGCGGGCAGCGGUUAGCGGAAGUGCACGCGCCGCGAGCUGUACGGGCCGCGCUGGAGAGCGACGCGGCCUCGCGCGUGCGGUCCCACGUCCGCCGGCGCGUGCUCGCGGACUCCCUGUGCCAGGAGACGCCGGCGCGACCUCCGUUCCUCCUUGAACGCACCCAUGGAUUUCACGUUCUUUGUGCGCGUCACCGAAGACGGUCGUUUGAUCUGGGAGGGCGACCUGAAGAGCGAGCGAAGUGAUUUUAACUUUCGGCUCCCUCUCUCUGAAGCUUGCGCCGCGAUGGUGGAAAGCGGCAACAUGGGCGACUGCCCCGGUGACGCCAUGGAUUCGUAUCUAGAGCGUCUGCAGUUUACCGUCGUUGCAAUCAGGGACAAGGACCAAGCGAUGAUCCCGCUGGGUCUUUGCGAUUAUCAUGGCAGCAUAAGUUUUACCAACAACUCGCGGCUGCACUCUUACUCUUUCGAGGACGAUAACAUCCUGUUCUCGACGGAUAGAUUGGAAUUUAGGGUCAACCUGUGUUUGCAGGUCACGUUCGGCGGCGUUGGUACGACACCAUCCAUGGAAGGUUUGGUCUUACAUCUAGAUUGGCAGUCUAAGCUCGACGAGGGGCGUGCUGGUGGUCUGGCGAUCCUUGAACCCGUGUUUCUCCUGACCUUUCUUGCGGGUUUCCACUACUCGCUAAUAAACGAGGCUUUGCGAACCAUCGAUGGCUGGCACGAUUUUUUUGUUCGAGAUGACUACGGCAUACCGCUACGCGAGACAUUUGGCUAUAUCUUCCUGGGGCUUAGUCAAGAGGCAGCAGAUAUUCAAGCGGCGACCUUUCGUGAGGCACUGGAGCGGAGGCGGGCCGCCCGGAAUCAUCUCCAGAAUCCUUAGCUCGCGCCGGCGUCGUCGGCGACUUGUGGCGGCGCCUGGGCCAAGCGCGACUACUCACAGACGCUGUCGCGCUGCCGCCUCGGCGGCGCGGCGCUGCUGCUGCUACGGCGCCCGAGCCGCCGACGAGUAGCCAGGAUAUAUGACCAUAUAUUAAUUAGACUUCAGCGCCGAUAUGGCCGCGGGAAGAAACAAUUGCCGGCGGCGGACCGGGGGGGGAACGCGCUGGACGCCGACCUUCGUGCCGGUCGUCGGGCGGAGCGUAUGCUCCAAUACAACGCGGAGUGAGACGGGCACAAGACGAACGAAGCGCGGGACGGCCGCCCCUUCAGAUGAAGGGACGGCCGC